AUGUCGAACCACGACGACUUUGACGAGAAUGCUUCAAGCCGUACCAACCAGGCGCCAUACACCGAGCGACACCCUAUACCAACCAUUUCGCGGUAUCAGGAUCGGAAACAAGAGCGCCAGGAGGACUCUGAAGCCACUGUACCCCAAUCCAAUAUAGAGCACGAAGCUCCGAAAAAAGAAGAGCAUUAUGGGCUCUUUGAUUCUACAAAACGUUUCCUCCACCUCGAUGGCCAUAUCAACGAUGAAACGAUAAAUGAACAGUACCCAUACAGCUCCUACAACCGAAAUGUUGACGGAAAUCCUCCUGAUUCGGAGGGAAAGAACGAUCAUAGAGAUAGCCUUCCGAGUGAGGGUGGGGACCAAGACGGAUCUGAAAAGUCUUCAACGCUCAAGGAUACGUCGGAGGCAACCGACAAUACGUUGGAUCCACGACAAAAGAGGAAGAACAUGAAGCACAUGAAGAGAGACCACGCCCCUCGAGAAGUGACGGAUCCUGUAACGCACCUCAAGGUCAUGGUCCAUGAUACAACUAACAAAGAGCUCCAAACUGUUCCUGCGAAUGAACCUCCUCCGGGCUCAAAUCAUCGAAGUGCUACUGGUGCCAGUGCAGGCUCGAAAACCAAGUCUGAACUUGAGCAGGAGACGCAGGAACAGCAGGCAGUCCACCAGCGAAUGGAGAAGCUCUUCCCACCGCCAAGUUUUGCUGCUACAAAAAAAGAGAUAAGCAGUGUCUACAGUCUUGCUUUCACAGUGGGAACAAGUUCUCUUCUUCUCACCGCGCUUUCCCUUCUUGUUGGAAGCCAUUUCAUCAGCGGUAGGACUGAUAUGCAAAGAUCCUGGCCUCAUACCCUGCUACUGUCCUCACUAUUGCUGGUCUUUGGUGUGGUAGCUGGCGGCGGCAUCAUCUGGGGCAUACGGGGUUGGCUAAUUCACAGGAUCAACGACAUCUGGGAUGAAGAAGUCUGGGAUAGCGCAAGGAAGCAAGAACAGGAAACUAUCAGUUCUCCAAUGCCGGAAUCGACUCAAUGGCUCAACAGUCUUCUGUCCAGUGUUUGGCCACUCAUCAACCCCGAACUUUUCACCAGCCUGGCGGAUACUCUUGAAGAUGUCAUGCAAGCGUCAUUACCCAAACUAGUGCGCAUGGUCAGCGUCGAGGACUUGGGUCAGGGUAAUGAAGCCAUUCGUAUUCUAGGAGUCCGGUGGCUUCCCACAGGAGCGGCUGCUAAGACGGUGUCCAAAGAUGGCAAAGUCAAGAAUGACAAGGACGAAAGCGACCGUAAAGUCCCUGGGCAAGGCGGAGUCGACGAUGAGAGCAAACCAGACGACGUGGGAUCAUCUGGGAAAGAUGAGCAGUCAAAGGGAGAUGAACAGAAGAAGGAGGGUGACGAGGAGAACAUUGCUGAGGGCAUGGAAGCAGAGGAAGGUGAUUUUGUUAAUGUUGAGGUUGGAUUUUCAUACAGAGCGUCAAGUAGCGGCAAAGGCAUUAAGGAGAAAUCCAAGAACGCUCAUCUGUUUCUGGCUUUCUAUCUACCUGGAGGUAUUCGUUUCCCUGUCUGGGUGGAGCUCCGUGGCAUCGUCGGUACGAUGCGUCUCCGUCUCCAACUAUGCCCCGACCCACCAUUCUUCGCGCUCUGCACUUUAACCUUCCUUGGGCAGCCCAAAGCAGACCUCUCCUGUGUGCCACUGACAAAAAGGGGACUUAACCUAAUGGAUUUACCGCUCAUCUCGUCCUUCGUGCAAAGCUCUAUCGAUGCUGCGCUCGCGGAAUACGUAGCUCCAAAGAGCUUGACGCUGGAUCUGAAAGACAUGCUUGUAGGAGAUGAUUUCAAGAAAGAUACCACGGCCCGAGGUGUUUUGAUGGUCAAAAUCAAAAGAGGGCGGAACUUCAAGGCAGGAGACCCAGGCUUGGGAAUUUUGAAAAAGGCUUCGUCUGACGCGUACGUUGCCGUGGGAUGGGCAAAAUUCGGAAAGCCUGUGUGGAGUACACGAGUUAUCGUGAGCGACAUGGAACCUGUCUGGGAUGAGACUGCUUUCAUCCUUGUGGGUCCAGAGGAGCUCAAUGCGGAGGAACGUAUAAGGGUCCAGCUUUGGGAUUCUGACCGUACUUCAGCCGAUGAUGAUCUUGGCAGAAUCGAAUUAGACCUCAAAGAACUGAUGCACUCGCCUCAAUCUAAAGAAAAGAUGUGGGAUCGAACCGAUGGCUUUCUUGCUCUAGAAGGGAGUAAAGAAAUGCCGGGGACUUUGGAUUGGAGUGUGGGAUAUUUCUCGAAGACAAGCAUCCGAGAUGAACAGCUAAAGAAACAAACAAUCGAGGAAGAUGUCAGAUCACUCCAGGGAUUAAAAGACAAGGUUUCCAACGAUGCUAAAAGCAAACUCCGGGAAGCCACGACUCAUGAUGAAUCCCACGAGCUAGACCAGCAAAAGGCUCAGAUGUUGAAGUCCAAAGAGGACGCUAUGAUCAUUUCAACGCCCCCGCUCGAGGACUACCCGACGGGGAUUCUCGCAAUUCAAAUUCAUCAGAUUACAGGCCUAGAGUUCGAGAGAAUUAAUAAGGGCCAAUCCAAGGGAGACGAGGGCGAUGAUGUCGAAGAGGACAAUGAUCUACCAUCGAGCUACUCUACUGUGAUCUUGAAUCACCAGACCGUAUUCAAAACACGCACAAAACCUAAGAACCCGAACCCAUUCUUCAAUGCGGGAACCGAACGAUUCAUCAGAGACUGGCGGACCACCGAAGUGAUUGUCUCGGUCCGUGAUUCUCGAAUCCAUGAGAAUGAUCCUCUCCUCGGGAUUGUUGCCCUACCUCUCGGCAAGAUCUUGAGGGGGCGAUCACAGGUGAUGGACAAUUAUCCCUUGGUAGGGGGACUGGGCUAUGGUAGGGUUCGCAUAUCCAUGGUCUUCCGCUCCAUAAAACUACAAGCUCCGAAAGAGCUUCUCGGCUGGGAUAGCUACGGCACUCUGGAAGUCACAGGGCCAAUUACUUCAAAGGACAUCUCGCCUGGCCUGCGAAGUUUGCGCAUGAAGAUACGCACGACGAUCAAUCGGGGUAAAAUGUACUCUUCCGAAACAGACACGGAAAACGGAAGCCAGUGGACAGGCAAGCAUGAGCGGCCGGUGCGCGUUGCAGUUCGUAAACGCUACUGUUCUUGCGUUGUCAUCGAGUUCCGGAAGAACAAUCUCGGCUUGGACAAGACUCCCGCUUUCGCCGUGCUGUGGCUCAAGGAUAUCCCGGAUGAAGAAGAUCGCACCGUUACUCUGCCAGUCUGGAAGAGUGACUCGGAUACUCUAAAGCGGGCACAGUCCAAUUGCGACGAUAAUUUAGGAGAGCGAAUGGGCACAAUCGAGGUGCCAAUUAAGUUCUACCGCGGACUGGGCGCUUACCACCAUAAGCUUACCAGCAAGAGUCCGAAUCUUUCAAACGUUUUCGAGGUCCUCAGCACCGCCGAUGACAACCACGAAGUGGAUAUGGCCAUGUCUGACGAGGAAUCAGCGGACUCCAGCGAUUCCAGCGAUCCGGAUGAGGAGGGGCCUCAUCAUGCCGCCAACGGUCUUAUCCGCAAGCUCAAGAUCAAUAGCAAAUCCUCCACAGACGGCGCGGAGGAUGAUGGCCACAAGGGUGGAGGGCCAAUAGACCAGAUUAAAGACUACAAAGUGCAUAGCGAGCAAUUGCAUCGAAGACAUAGAGGCUUGAUGCAGUGGAAGGGCGCUAGGACCGCUAAUUAUCUGAAGACUAAGGUGCAGCAUGGGAAGGAUCAUUUGACGGAUCAUUUCAAACAUCAUGAGCGGGAUCCGGGGAUAGAGACAGAGGUUUGA